GUCGGUGUGGCGCCCAGAGCCUGUGCUUAGGAUAUGCGACGGGAAGCCCUUGCUACAGCGCAGACAGUGGCCCCGCGGUGCCGGGGAGAGCCAGGCGAAAGCAGGGCCAUGACCUGGAAGUUCAUGUAGUAAUUCAUGCCUCCGGAAUGCCUGGCUGAUUCUUCGGAGGAAUCAUCUCUGACUGUGUCUUCACUCUGAACUCCCACUGCUUCCAGCAAGAACACCACUCAAGGGAGAGCUCUGGCGUGUUUUUGGAAAGAAAUUCCAUGGGUACUGUACCUGACCCUCUGAGGUCCACUAAAACUUCCCUGGUUGCAGCUUCUUUAAAAGAGGAGGCUCAAGGAGAGCUGCAGGCUUCCUUAUCUCAGUGCCGACCAGCUCAACCCGGAAAGAAUGCCAAUGGCCUGGCAGGUGCCCCUGCAGAACCAAGCCUCAGCCCCAGCACUGCUGCUGAGGCCGUGAUGCAGGCUUGUGAGCAUGACACCACCCAGCCAGACAUGUCUUCUCCUGGUGUCUUCAAUGAGGUGGAGAAAGCAUCUCCCACACACAAUUCUCCUGGAGAUUCCCAACUGCUGGAAAGCAGAGAGCCCACAGCAUCAGUCCCGAGCCCUACGGCAGCAAAGGAUCUUGUACACAGACCAUUUACAAUGCCAGCCAAUCAGCACACCCACCAGGCCAUCCCAGGUGAUCGGCCCAAUGCCAGCGCCUCAUCAGAACCUGAAGAUUCUUUGGUGAAAUCUCAGAGAACCUUGAAUGGAGCCCAAACCGAGAAGUCAAAUUGUCCUGCAGGGGGCACCUGUGGCAGCAGCAAAGAUCAGGCAUCUUGUGAUUUUCCUUCUCAAGCAACAAUUCAGGGAAUGGUACAGAGCACAGCAGCCGAGGUAUUCAGUCAUUCUUCCCCUCCUGCAGGUGGGCCUGAAGGGGACAGGCAGCAAGCCAUCUGUCACUCCACAAGGAGGUCCUGUGAGCCUCCAGCAAGAGAAGAUGGAUGUUCAGAGAACAAACAACUAUCUGCCACUGCCUCAGACACCCAAGGUACAACAUCUGGGACACCUCAGCUAUCCCAUCUCACUAGAGAAGUUUCAUCAUGUACACUAGAUCCAGAGAAGGCACUGCAGCCAACACAACAGGUGUCGAGGUUCAAAGAAGCCAGUACAAUGACCAACCAAGCUGAAAGUGAGAUCAAGGAGGCCCCCAGCAAGGUUCGUCAAGAUGCUGAGGUGCAGGCGGUGGCCAGCGUUGAAAGCAGAUCAGUCUCCACUAGCCCCAGCAUCCUCACCGCUUUCUUAAAGGAAACCCCUGCUCUUGAGUGCUUGGAACAUCAAGAGCAGCUGCGUGUCAUUUGCCAGGGAAGUGGCAGUGGCAGCCACGUGUUGGAGCUCUCUAACAGCAUACAGUCCUCCCAGGAGGCAGGGCAGGGCUGUGGCAUUAUGGCUCAGGUGCACAUCCAGACAGCUGCACCUGUCUCUACAGCUUUCCAAGGGGAACUUAAAGGAGUAAGCCUACCAGAGGAGAUCCUGAAGACCUCACCCAUCAGCAGGGCCUGCAGUCAGGCCCAAGAUACUUGUAAAGAAGAUGGGAGACCAGCAGGAGAGACUCCAUUGAGGGAAGAGUCAACCUCUAGACAGCUUUCAGAUGCUAAUUCUAGCUCCCUGAAAGCUAGCCCCAUUGACCAGAUUUCUAGCAGUGCAGGUAGUCAGUCUGGAAUAAACCAGGAACUGGGGACAUCUGAAGCCAAGACAUCUGAUCACAAGACUGAUCCAGACUACAAACUAUCUGACUCCUGCAGCCCUGAGAGCAAAGAGGACCAGUCCAGGAGUUUGGACACCACGAGUAAAGGCAGUCCAAAGGAGACAAAGUACAAGUCUCCUCAGAUAGUAAAAGAAAAGGAGCCUACGGGCACCGAUACUCUAGAUGCCAAAACCCUACUGCUCAAUCCCAAAGCUCAAGAAAAUGGAGGCUCAGGAUCAGCUAAUCCCAUACCCUCCCCAAACAGAAAGAACCAGGAGGGCAUCUUAGAGGAAAACAGACAGACCAAGACAGCCACCAGCCUGAGCCUACCCCCUGACGCCAUGGGUGACUCCAGCCCAGGUUCUGGCAAGAGGACCCCUUCUCGCUCCGUCAAAGCCAGCCCUCGCCGGGCCAGCCGGGUCAGCGAGUUCCUCAAGGAGUUAAAUGUGACAGCAGCUGCUGCUCAGGUGGGGCUCACACCAGGAGAGAAGAAAAAGCAGCUAAGCACAGAUGCCAAACUCCAGCUGAAGCAGUCCAAGCGGGUCAAGGACGUCGUGUGGGACGAGCAGGGCAUGACCUGGGAAGUGUACGGGGCUUCCCUGGACCCGGAGUCCCUGGGGAUCGCCAUCCAGAACCACUUACAAAGACAAAUUCGGGAACAUGAGAAAUUAAUCAAAACGCAAAGCGACCAGACCCGGAGAUCCAUUUCCUCAGACACUUCCUCCAAUAAGAAGCUGAAAGGGAGGCAGCACAGCGUAUUCCAGUCCAUGCUGCAGAACUUCCGUCGCCCCAACUGCUGUGUUCGCCCUGCCCCUUCUUCUGUGUUAGAUUGAAAGGGGACACGUAGGGCGGGGGCGGGGGGGUGUCAGCGUAUGCACAUAUGGUAUCAUAUGUGUCUGCCUGUGUCAAAGCGUAAGUUGUUUUCUGAGAGACCAAGAAGAAAAAGCAAGUAUUAACUAUAUGAAAUUGCUGUUAAAAAUUGUGGGAUCCCUUGAGGGUUCAUAAAUAAAGAUGCCAUUUCAAUGUGAAAGAAAGAACAAGAAAAGCAAGCUUCACUGCAGAUUUGCAACCCUAAUUAAGUGGAAAUCGUAUUCACUGUUUGUGUUUUUUAACUAUGACAUUGCUUAUAGAAAUAACAAUACCAUUAUACAUGUGACAUUUUGUAUUACUGCCUCAAUGUGUAUCACUUGAUGGUAUCUGCAUUAAAAUCCCUACUUUAUAUUAAAAAUAGCAAAAACACUAUUAGCAAAAACGUUAUAAUUUCUAGUCCUAUUGAAAUUAGAAUGCUGUUACCACACAAAAUCUAAGUAGGUAAUAAGAACCAUAUGUAAAAUACCAAAUAUGAAUUAGUAUUUGAAAACAUCUGCAGAUAGCCCUUUUCAUACACCUUGUAUAGCUUUUAGAAAAUAUAAGUUAUGUGAGGAGAAUUAGCUAAGGCUUUAGAUAUGAAUACUGUCCAACUACAUCCAACAUGGACUUACAUAUACACAUGUUCCUGCACAGAAGGCAAGGUGCAUCUCUGUGAGGCUAACCAAAUUGUAUUCAUAUUUUCUUACCCUAAAGGAGGCAUAUGGGACUGGAUUCUUGAGAAGAGUCAUCACAUGAGAGAUAAAAGUAAAUUUUAUGUGAUACAGAAGUUCUCCAGUGAUAUUCUACUGAAUUAUAAGGUUCUGGUAAGGAAUUAUAAAUAGCAGAUUACCAAAAUCUGUUUUAUCUGUGUUGAUAAAAGGAAGAGCCUUUAAGUAACAAAAACUACAUGUUUCAUCUGUAUUCAUGUAAACAGCAUAAAAUUUUUGGCUUUCUUUUGAUUUGGUUCAGUAGUUUCUAACAGCAAAUGUGGUCAACACCAAAGGGAACAGAAGUUCUCUUACAUGUAGACAAAUAUCACCUGUUUAGGUCUAUAAUCUGGAGUAAAAAAAAAAAAAAAAAAAAGGUAUUUUUUUAUACUUUUGAUUUUAAGAGAAAUACCAUCAUAUCUCAACCUCCAAAGCCAACAAAAAAAGAGGUCAAUGUAAGCAUGGUUUGAGUUUGGAGUAGGAUAUUCCUUGAGAACACUGGCAUCUAUCUGAGCUCAGCACUCACUCCUCUCUAGAAGAGGAGGGUAUCCCUGAAACAUAGGGGCAUCCUCCAAGACACUGGCCAGGGGCCACCAGCAGCUGCUUUCUUUGACUAAUGGAAAGAAGAAUGCAUUAGUCAAGGCCCUAGGAACCCUUCCCUUCCUGGAUUCAUCAUAGGGCCUCCAUCUUGCCCUUAGAAAAUUUGACUGCUAGAUGUUGGAGUGGUACUGGUUGCCUUCUCUAAACUCAUUUCCCAGAUGAGCCAAAAAAAAAAAAAAAUCUGACCAUGCAAUUUUCUUCAAAGUUUCAAAUACCAUUGGUACAGUCAAUUCCCAUUGUCUGUUUUAGCUUAUUUCAAUUUAAUUCUACUUUGCAGGUUCUGAACAUGAGGGGGGAAAAAUCAUACCUAAACUCUACCCUGUGUGCAACCUACACUGGGAACUAACUAAAUUACUAAAAAGCUUUGAUUUCUUUCAAAGCAAUCUAGCUGUAUAUGCAGCCUGCGUAAGAAGACCACAGUGACAGCCUUCUUGGAGCCUGAGAUUGGUAAUUACAGUUGUUAUGCUUGGAACUUAUAAUGAAUUUUUUAACAAGGCAAAUUUUUUAGUUUCUUACUAAUUGGCCUCUUUUAAGAACACUAUCUAAAGUAGAAAUUAUCAUCAAAUUACCAAACAAAUUACAUUUAAUGAUUAGAGAUUAAGUCUAAAAUUCUCUCUUCUGGACUUAUGCACCUAUUUGUCUCAGAUAACUUGGCCACAACUAUUCUGUCUCCUCUUUCUCACUGGCCAUUUCUAUCACAUGAUGUCACACAUGCUGUGUAUACACAGAGUACACCCUGUGCACACAGGAGCAGCUGUCAACAGCACCUACUCCAGAUAGGUGGGCCCCAGGUAAUCCUCUGCUGUGAAGUGGCUAGAACAGGCUGCUCCUGUAUUAACAUAGGAGAGAAGAAAAAUUCAACAUCCGGCAAUAAUAUUUACUUUCAUGAGAUUAGAGUAACCACACGAUUUAUAAAUAGUGAGAUGAAGCAGAGAUCUAAGAGAAAAACGUUGGCAUUUGUCACACAUUGUUAAUCAGAACCACUCAAUUUGGUAUUGUAGUUGUGCCUCUCAAACUAAAACUUUUAAGCAAAAAUAUUUGAUGUAGUAAGUUUGGUUUUCUUUGGUGCUAGAACUAAAUUCUUGAUUUCUCAACACUCUAGAAAUGGUCAUAAGAUAGUACAAAACCUUGUUUGUUUUGUUCUUAUCAAAUUUUCUAGAACUAGCAGCUUUUAGAAACAGUAACAGGAAUGUGUCAUCAAAUAGAUAUAUGAGAUGGGAGGCUGUUUAAGAUAGUGUUUUUACAUUUUAGUACCUACCCUAUGCUACUCUCAAAAUAAAACCAUGUUUGAGAUUCUUCCUUACAUCAGUCUGUGACACAGAAUUAGGUAUUUAGUAUGCCAUUUGGGAUGUCUUGGAUUCAUUCAACAAAGGAAGUUGCAAUAUAAUAUAAUCCUGGUGGACUUUAAACUUGCUCAAUCAUUUCUUGCUUUACCUGCAUGAUACCCACUGAGUUAAAAGUUGUUUUUGUUUGUCCUUAAUUUCUUUUAAUGCGAUUUGUCCAUUUUAAUACACUCUACUUUUAGAUCUUUAGAGAGGAAAUAUUUUAUUCAAUUAAGAAAUAUAAAAUACUCCCUAAGCCAGUAAUAAAAGAAGUGAGUUAGAACUUAGUGUCUGGCAGGUCAUUCAACAUUUAUUUUUUUUUAUUGGUUGUUCAAAACAUUACAAAGCUCAUGAUAUAUCAUCUUUCAUACAUUUGACUCAAUUGGGUUAUGAACUCCCAUUUUACAACAGUCACUAAUAUGCCAUUAUGUAAAAAUGUGAAUGUGUAACCAAUAUGAUUCUGCAAUUCGUAUAUGGGGUAAAAAUGGGAGUCAUUCAACAUUUAAAGUGUGAAGAUGUUAUACCACUUACCAAAUGAACACUAGAAUUUUUAUUUAAGUAUUAAUUUUUCCAGGUUUAUGAUCAUAAGAAAAAUAGCAUUGCUUCAUUGCCACAUGUUUAUCUUGAAUGCCUUUCUAAUCAUGUCUUUUUGAAUUACUGGCUUUUGAUGCCACAGACUAGCUACUUUAUAUACACUAAAAUCCUGAUUAACCUUUCUGUUUUGAAUUAGUGGCAUAAGUUGAAUAUUUUUAAGUAGAGGUUAACCAGAAACCUUUUUGUUUGUGUCCAAAAUGAAGUGUUGGUAAAAUGGAUUAGUAUGUUUUCUACCUUAUAAAUUCCACUAUAUUGAAUAUAAUUUGACCUUUGAUAAUCUUUUAGUCUUGAGAAUCAUCUGAUACUCAUUAUUCGGGGUACCAAUAUUCUCCAUGUUAUAAGUUAAACAUAGAAAUUAAAAUAAAUUGGACUGAGUACAUAUAUGUAACAUAAACCUUACAGGUUAGAUUUUGAAACCAAAUCUUUCAUAGGAGCUUGCAACCUUAAAGGAAAAAGCAAAAUAGGAAAAUGCCAUUUGGUUGUAUCCCAAAGUAUUGAGAUUUUACUAUUCCUAGGUUAUACUAAUAUUGUUUCUUUCAUUUUAGGGAAUUUCUGCCAUGCUGGGAAUGGUUGUAUAUAUAUAUAACACCAAGAAUAGAAUACAAUGUGACUUUAAAAUUUGUUUACAGAGGAUAUAUACAAUGUGCUGUUAAUGUAACUUGUCUGGCCUUUGCUAUAUUCACUCUAUUACUGUUUUGUUGCCAAAAUGUGAGGAAUUAUUGUCUUUUUUUCCUCCUACAUAUUGUGCAAGUAUUAAAGAAAUUGUCCACCUCUGGUACCAUGGAAUUCACCAUAUUCCUUGUUAACUUUUUCAGAACCAGUAUAAAGAAAAAUAAUAUAUUAGGAUAGAUUUGCAUAUAUGUGUGUGUGUACUUGUGUGUGUGUGUUUAUUGAAAAUUGGGCACCUGUAGACUUGUGUAGACCUCGUACCUGCUUGAUUGACUAAUUCUCCACAAUGCUGUCAUGGAGAUGAGGCUGUGUACUCUCACCUCCUUUGUCCUGAGUGGUGUUUGAAAAACGAAGCUUGUGAGUUUCCUUCUGUGAUAACGCAGUGAGCUCAGCAGCAUCUGAGAUGAGUGAGCAGAUCACCUUGUCCAGCCCUUGUUUUGUCUACCCAGUGAAUCAGAAGUCUCCACAUACACUCCAACUUUUGCUUUUCACAUUCAUCUGAGCAUUUUGUUUUCUGCGAGCAGUGUUUCUCAAUGUCAUAUGUAGCCCUUUGGGUUGAUUCUCUCCAAAUGUAGGUUAGCUUCUGCCACCUGGCAAAUAACAGGCAAUUUACUGAAUCUCCUGUCCAUCCUGUAACUGUAUCCUCCUUAAUGAAAUUCUGCAACUGGCUGAGUAAUUACAAAUGUCAUCUGUGCAGACACAUGGGCUUAAGAAUAACAACACAAUUUUGAACACUUUUGCAAAAGGGAAAAAAUAGUCUUAUAAAUACUGAAACAAAUUUCCAUGAACUUUAUCCUGAUCUUGGAGGAAAAAAAAAGUUUUCUCCUUGGCUACAGAAAUCGAAUAAGCAAUGACCAAGGAUAUAAAUAAGGAUGAACUGAGUUGGAAAAAUUCUGUCUCACAAGUCAGUGACAUCUGCCAGAGGUCAUCACAGCUACUUUUAACUGUGAAUACUCACCAGCUAAACUACUCACUUGCCACAACCAAAUAACCUCUCUCAAAGUAAAUCCAAUACACCUGUAUAUAUGUGUUGAUUGAAACAACAAAGAGUCCUGAAACAUUACUUUUGGGCUACUGGGAAAAUUAAGGUGAUGAUAAUAUAAAAGACAUUCAAAUAACCAUGGGAUUUGGUGAAAUGACUCUGGGGGCCAGAAUGGUGCAACAAGAUGUUAUUUACAGUUUUUUUUAAACAGAUAUCUCAGAUACUAAUCAUGAGAAUAAAGACUGUUGAAUAUGAAAUUAAAGCCAAGCAAUAAUGUGCCAAAAAGAGGCAGUUAUACCAGCAAGUGCAUCUGUUACAGGCACACUGUUAUAUAACUAUGGUUUGCUCUACAAAGACUUGACUAAAACCCAGAGGAUAAAAGAAAUGAAGGCAUAAUUUCUGCUUUCUUGUUGAGUAAACUUGUUUAGGAAUUCCAUAAAGAGGUGCAGCACUAGUGAGCAUGAGUAGAGACACAGGCAAUAUGUCUGCUUUCAUGCUAGCCAAGAAAGAAGAGGAGCCACUAAAAGGUUUGCUGUCUUAAAACUCAAGACAACGCCAUCCAGAAACUUCUGUCAAGUGAAGGGGAUAAACUUAUGGUAAUUCCUCUUCCUGGACCCUAGCACGUUCAAAAGCAAUUUUGUCAACUCUGCCCAGAGGAUCGCCCGUCUUAGCUAUGAAAAAUGGGUUUCCAGAUGUAAAGUCACUAAAACAUGAAUACCUGUAUCCAAAGGGGCCACAAAUAAUGCCUUACAGAAAAUGAUGCGCCAGAUGGUUAUCUCUAAAUACCAAUUCUUCAAGUGUCUUUCUGGGUUGAAGUUCAAAAGAUUAAUUGGCUGCAAAAAAAAAAAAAAAAAAAAACAAGAAUUAAAAUCACAUAUUUUACACUUUAGAAAAAGAUACUGGUAAUCAACCAAUAAGGUGAUAAUUAUAAGAGAUACCCUACUGAUUUAAGUAUGUUAGGGAAAAUUAAAUGGGGUAAAAAUACUAACUUCUUUCUUGAUUUUUUAUAUGUGGAGAUGUCAUCAAUUUAUUUCUGGGGAGAAAAUUAUAGCUUACUUUUUGACAUUAUUGCUAAUAUUGCUCUUUGUUACUUUAAAAAUUAAAUUGUCUCUUCUUUAGGAAAAAAAACUUUUUAGCAGUUAAAUUCUUUCAGAUUCCAAUCACUGCUUUUAAUAACAGUAAAGGCUAUGUGUAGAGCAAACUAUAGAAAAUGAGUAGAAGGGGUUUACCCAUAUUAAUAAGUAUCCUUAAUGAUUUUAGUUUAGAUUCCUUAGCAUUUAUUUUCAACCACAUCUUAUGAGCAAAUUGUUUUCUGUCAUGUCUUAAAAUGAUGCUGGUAAAUCUGGAGAUUGCAGUAUUAUGAUCUUACUCCUCAAUCCCAGGAAGAGAGGAGAGACUAUUUCUUACUUUAAGGGCACCUAGAGAUACCUUUUUAUCGAGGUUGAGAGAGGUCAGUAUGACCUGACAACUCAAGAAAAAUAUCUCUUAGCAAUUACUAAAUUUCUAAAUGUAUUUAUCUCUGCUGUACUAAUGUGUGAACAAUAUGUUGUGCAUAAUGGCGUUGCUGCUGUGGUAUGUCAGUGCAUUCCAUAAGUGUAUACAAUCUGUAAGUGAUUGGCUUGCUAUUUUUAUGUGUAGAAAAAAAAUAAAUAACAUGCCAUAUCCCA